AAGGUGGCGGCUCCCACUCGCUUCUCCCUCGGGUCGGGUCCGAGCUGCCAGGCCGCAUGCCACUCCCCGACGGGGCGCGUACCCCAGAGGGCGUCUACCGGGAGGCGCGCGGCGGGGGCUACACGAACCGGACCUUCGAGUUUGACGACGGCCGAUGCGCCCCCAGGCAGCCCUGCGCGGGGGACGGCGCGCUCCUGGACACCGCCGGCUUCAAGAUGAGCGACCUGGACUCGGAGGUGCUGCCCUUGCCGCCGCGCUACCGCUUCCGGGACCUGCUGCUGGGAGACCCGUCCUUCCAGAACGACGACAGGGUCCAGGUGGAGUUCUACGUUAACGAGAACACCUUCAAGGAGCGGCUCAAGCUGUUCUUCAUCAAAAACCAAAGAUCGAGCCUGAGGAUCCGGCUGUUCAACUUCUCCCUGAAGCUCCUCACCUGCCUGCUCUACAUCGUGCGCGUCCUGCUCGAUGACCCGGCCCUGGGCAUCGGAUGCUGGGGCUGCCCAAAGCAGAACUACUCCUUCAAUGACUCGUCCUCCGAGAUCAACUGGGCUCCCAUUCUGUGGGUGGAGAGAAAGAUGACACUGUGGGCGAUCCAGGUCAUCGUGGCCAUAAUAAGCUUCCUGGAGACGAUGCUUCUCAUCUACCUCAGCUACAAAGGCAACAUCUGGGAGCAGAUCUUCCGCGUGUCCUUCGUCCUGGAGAUGAUCAACACACUGCCCUUCAUCAUCACGAUCUUCUGGCCGCCGCUGCGGAACCUGUUCAUCCCCGUCUUUCUGAACUGCUGGCUGGCCAAGCAUGCGCUGGAAAACAUGAUUAACGACUUCCACCGUGCCAUCCUGCGGACACAGUCGGCCAUGUUCAACCAGGUCCUCAUCCUCUUCUGCACCCUGCUGUGCCUCGUUUUCACGGGGACCUGCGGUAUCCAGCACCUGGAGCGGGCGGGCGAGAACCUGUCCCUCCUGACCUCCUUCUACUUCUGCAUCGUCACCUUCUCUACCGUGGGCUACGGCGACGUCACACCCAAGAUCUGGCCAUCGCAGCUGCUGGUGGUCAUCAUGAUCUGCGUGGCCCUCGUGGUGCUCCCGCUGCAGUUCGAGGAGCUCGUCUACCUCUGGAUGGAGCGGCAGAAGUCGGGGGGCAACUACAGCCGCCACCGUGCGCAGACGGAGAAGCAUGUGGUCCUGUGCGUCAGCUCCCUCAAGAUCGACCUUCUCAUGGACUUCCUGAACGAGUUCUACGCCCACCCCCGGCUCCAGGACUAUUACGUGGUCAUCCUGUGCCCCACGGAGAUGGAUGUCCAGGUGCGCAGAGUCCUGCAGAUCCCUCUGUGGUCCCAGCGGGUCAUCUACCUCCAGGGCUCUGCGCUCAAAGACCAGGACCUCAUGCGAGCUAAGAUGGACAAUGGGGAGGCCUGCUUCAUUCUCAGCAGCAGGAACGAGGUGGACCGCACAGCCGCAGAUCACCAGACCAUCCUGCGCGCCUGGGCCGUGAAGGACUUCGCCCCCAACUGCCCCCUCUACGUCCAGAUCCUCAAACCUGAAAACAAGUUUCACGUCAAGUUUGCCGACCAUGUGGUGUGUGAGGAGGAGUGCAAGUAUGCCAUGCUGGCACUGAACUGCAUCUGCCCGGCGACCUCCACCCUCAUCACCCUGCUGGUGCACACGUCCCGCGGCCAGGAGGGACAGGAGUCUCCGGAGCAGUGGCAGCGCAUGUACGGGCGCUGCUCGGGCAACGAGGUGUACCACAUCCGCAUGGGUGACAGCAAGUUCUUCCGCGAGUACGAGGGCAAGAGCUUCACCUACGCGGCCUUCCACGCCCACAAGAAGUACGGCGUGUGUCUCAUUGGGCUGAAGCGGGAGGACAACAAGAGCAUCCUGCUGAACCCGGGGCCCCGGCACAUCCUGGCCGCCUCCGACACCUGCUUCUACAUCAACAUCACCAAGGAGGAGAACUCGGCCUUCAUCUUCAAGCAGGAGGAGAAGCGGAAGAAGAGGGCGUUCUCGGGGCAGGGGCUGCACGAGGGUCCGGCCCGCCUGCCUGUGCACAGCAUCAUUGCCUCCAUGGGGACAGUGGCCAUGGACCUGCAGGGCACAGAGCACCGGCCCACACAGAGCGGCGGGGGGGGCGGGGGCAGCAAGCUGGCACUGCCCACGGAGAACGGCUCGGGCAGCCGGCGGCCCAGCAUCGCGCCCGUCCUGGAGCUGGCCGACAGCUCGGCCCUGCUGCCCUGCGACCUGCUGAGCGACCAAUCGGAGGAUGAGGUGACGCCGUCGGACGAUGAGGGACUCUCCGUGGUAGAGUACGUGAAGGGCUACCCUCCCAACUCGCCCUACAUCGGCAGCUCCCCAACCCUGUGCCACCUCCUGCCUGUGAAAGCCCCCUUCUGCUGCCUGCGGCUGGACAAGGGCUGCAAGCACAACAGCUAUGAAGACGCCAAGGCCUACGGGUUCAAGAACAAGCUGAUCAUCGUCUCGGCAGAGACGGCCGGCAAUGGGCUGUACAACUUCAUCGUGCCGUUGCGGGCCUACUACAGAUCCCGCAAGGAGCUGAACCCCAUUGUGCUGCUGCUGGACAACAAGCCCGACCACCACUUCCUGGAAGCCAUCUGCUGCUUCCCCAUGGUCUACUACAUGGAGGGCUCCGUGGACAACCUGGACAGCCUGCUGCAGUGUGGCAUCAUCUACGCGGACAACCUGGUGGUGGUGGACAAGGAGAGCACCAUGAGCGCCGAGGAGGACUACAUGGCGGACGCCAAGACCAUCGUCAACGUGCAGACCAUGUUCCGGCUCUUCCCCAGCCUCAGCAUCACCACGGAGCUCACCCACCCUUCCAACAUGCGCUUCAUGCAGUUCCGCGCCAAGGACAGCUACUCUCUGGCUCUUUCCAAACUAGAAAAGAGGGAGCGAGAGAACGGCUCCAACCUGGCCUUCAUGUUCCGCCUGCCGUUUGCCGCCGGCCGCGUCUUCAGCAUCAGCAUGUUGGACACGCUGCUCUACCAGUCCUUCGUGAAGGACUAUAUGAUCACCAUCACCCGGCUGCUGCUGGGCCUGGACACCACGCCGGGCUCGGGGUACCUCUGUGCCAUGAAAAUCACCGAGGGCGACCUGUGGAUCCGCACGUACGGCCGCCUCUUCCAGAAGCUCUGCUCCUCCAGCGCCGAGAUCCCCAUCGGCAUCUACCGGACAGAGAGCCACGUCUUCUCCACCUCGGAGCCCCACGAUCUCAGAGCCCAGUCCCAGAUCUCGGUGAACAUGGAGGACUGUGAGGACACGCGAGAAGUGAAGGGGCCCUGGGGCUCCCGCGCUGGCACCGGAGGCAGCUCCCAGGGCCGCCACACGGGCGGCAGUGACCCCGCAGAGCACCCACUGCUGCGGCACAAGAGCCUGCAGUGGGCCCGGAGGCUGAGCCGCAAGGGGCCCAAGCAGGCGGGCCGGGCGGUGGCCGCGGAGUGGAUCAGCCAGCAGCGCCUCAGCCUGUACCGGCGCUCUGAGCGCCAGGAGCUCUCCGAGCUGGUGAAGAACCGCAUGAAGCACCUGGGGCUGCCCACCACCGGCUACGAGGACGUAGCAAAUUUAACAGCCAGUGAUGUCAUGAAUCGGGUAAACCUGGGAUAUUUGCAAGACGAGAUGAAUGACCACCAGAACACCCUCUCCUACGUCCUCAUCAACCCUCCGCCCGACACGAGGCUGGAGCCCAGCGACAUUGUCUAUCUCAUCCGCUCGGAUCCCCUGGCUCACGUGGCCAGCAGCUCCCAGAGCCGGAAGAGCAGCUGCAGCCACAAGUUGUCGUCCUGCAACCCCGAGACUCGUGACGAGACACAGCUCUGAGCCAGCCCUGCAUGGAGCUCGGGCCACCAAGCCCAGGGUCCUCAGCAAGGACGUAGAGGAGCGUGUGAGGACACGGUGGCACUAGCAUGACCCUGGGGAUGCCCACACUCUGGUCACCAUGACUCCUGGGACUCCACCCUGGAAAGGAGCCCCUCAUGCGGGGGGGGAGGGCCAGCUUACCCCUGGGCACCUGCAGGCUAGUGAGGAGAGUUUUUUAACCUAUUUUUACACAUCGAUGCAGUCCACUUCUCUUUACACAGAUGUACCGCAACUCGUGACCGGGGCUGGCUGGGAGGGCAACGCAGGGACCGGACGCCCUGCAGGGCCGAGCCCAGGCUGUGCUGGAGGGUGGGGCUGGGGUGCAUGGGGAGGGGAACAGAACCCAGCACCCAGGAGCCCCGCGUGGGCCACACCCAACUCAGAGCCGGCCUGAGCUUUCACGGCGAAGCAGCCUCACUUCCUUCCAGCCAAGGGCUGGGGGCCAGGGCUGCUGUUCUGCACUCUGUGGGGCGGGUGAGGGGGACCCUGGGCUGUUUGCUGUCCUGAGCCCCUUCUGGAAGUUAGAAGCAGCAAAGGGCCCAGGGAAGCCGGGCAUGUGAUAGGGGUGCGUCCCCAGGUCCCCCAGAGGGCCCUGUUGCCGAGGACCUUUCUGAAGGAAGCAGAAGACGCCGUUUCCUCUACUUCACACGGAACUUUCCCGGCCACUGCGUCUGGGGGGCGUUGGGCAGAAGAUGGUGCAUUUCCAUGGACCGUUUUACACUUACCUUUUAAAGCAAAGCCUCAUUUUCUAAACCCCUGACUUGUGAAGCACAAUUCAGCCUCCGGGCUGGGCCACGUGGAGAGAGAGGAUCUUCUUAGCAAGGCGAGAUCCCGGGCGGCGGCUGACAUCAGGAGCGCCGCCCCACGUCCUUUGCUGCUGGUUCCUUACUGGUUUGUACGGUCAGCGCUGGAACCUUCUAUUAAACGGAUGCAUUCUGGAGGCAUGAAGUUACAAGUCGCCCUGCUCGUGUUUCCAAGGCUCUCACCCCUCCCAGCCACCCCAUUUUAAGGGUUACAAACACCUGCUGGGGUCCCCACCCCAACCCCAUAGGCAAGCCCCCAUUCCCCCGCCAGGCCAGGACAGUCCUUCCAAAACUCGAGAACCAAAUUGUAUUUGGCUACUGGUGACUGGAUCCUGGUGUCCAGGAGGGCUGUCUGCUGAGCUGUACAUCAGCCUCAGCCCUGCAGCCAGGCGUGUCCCUGGGGUGGGCACAGUGACCCCAGGCUCUGCCUACAGUGGCACAGAACUCAUCUGAGGCCAGUGGCUGCUAGGGAUCCCCUACACUGGGGGUCAGGGCUGCUCCAGGCGGGGAUGUGUGCGCACCUCACCACGUUCACUUCAGGGUACCCUAAGAGGCUGAAGGGGAAGCACCAAAAGGCCGAGGUACAGCCCCUCCCCGGUGUCAGGGCAGACAACACAGCAGCUGCUGGAGAGGCCGGCCCUGGCCACACAGACUAGCUAGUUCCCCUACUCCUGGCCUGCCUGGAACCCUCCUGCUCAGAAGGUGCCCACUAGCCCUCGGUGGGAGACAGAGCCAGACAUGGGCGAUCAAGAAGAGGCUGUGUGCAUUCAGGGGGCCAGAAAGUCCCAGGACCUUGAUGGAGUGGCAGGGGUUGAGGUUGGGCUAGGGUGGCCAGAGCCUGUCCCAACAGGGCUGGGGUCUGUCAGGUUCCCGGGAUCCAACCAGCGAGCAAGCCCUGCCCCGCAGUCGCCCUGCCCCGCAGUCGCCCUGCCCCGCAGUCACCCUGCCCCGCAGUCAUCCUGCAGCAGGAAGGCCCAAGUCUGCCUCACCUGGGCGGUCUUUCAUGUCACCCACACCCUGGCCCCCAGGUGAGGGGGGCUGCACAACACCUGCAAGGAGAAGAGGGGAGAGAAAAGCCGGCGUGGCUGUUGGGAUGGGAGGGCCACAGCUCCAGCAGUAGCAUGGGGAGCUGUUGCCCCUGGAGCCCCACACUGGGAAGAGCUGGCCUCUAGGAGGCACCAUGGGGGAGUCACAGGACUUGUUCGGGAUUGACUUGCAAUGUGGACGGUGUUCCCGGAGUCCCUUGUGGCCACUCCACCACUGCGAGGCCAGGAGGCAUCUUAGCCUUUGAGCCUCUCUCCAAGGGUGAGUGGAGUCCCCCAAAGAGGCCUGGGGGCUUGCUGCCCAAGAGGGGCUGGGUAGGUACUUUGGGCCUCUGAGAACAUCAGUGGUCCGUUCCCUCCUGCACGUCGGCGGCAAGUGGCAGCAUUUUCAUAAUCUCCGGUAGUGAGGCCACUUCAGGUCCCGGCCUGGACAUCCGAGGAGGAGGCGGGCAGUCCCUGCCCCUUCACUAACCACAGAGGAUGCCAGCUCUAGGCCCCCUGCUCUGCCUGGAGCUCAUGCAGGCAGCCGUGGACACACGUGGCACCCAGCGCCCAGCGGCCUGUGACUCCUCCUGUGGGCAAGGCUGGGAGCCAGGGGAUGGAACCAGGCAGGUCAGUGACUGUGAGAUGCCAGAUGCCAGCCCAAGAAAAGCUGCUUGCAGCAUCUGGAACCUUCUCUACUCUCCUUGGCCUCUGUGUUCUUCAUCUCCGGAUUUAGGGAGCAGCUGGGGUGCCUCUCUGCUUGUCCCGAGCCCACUCACCAACAGCCCCGGCUUGUACAGUCAUGACAUCAGGAAGGUGGGUCCCUGCUCCCCCAGCCGUCCUCGUCCACCAUCACUUCUCUCAGCCUCGUGUCCUGCUGACCCAUAAAAGGUCCUCCUGCAAAGUACACCAAGUGAAGUAGGAUCUGAGCAAAGGUUGAGAGACUGAAUUCCCUAAGUCAUCACUGCCUAGAAUAAGCGAAAAGAAUUUUUUUAAUGCUUUACGGUAGAAUUAUUUGAAACAUACAAAAUUAGUGAGACACCUGCUAUUUUCCUUAUUCCUGUUUUUUGUUUGUUUUUAUUUUCCUUAUACCUAAUAAUUCAUCUAACAGAAAACUGGGCAGGGCGCAGUGUCUCACACCUGUAAUCCCAGCACUUUGGGAAGCCAAGGCAGGUGGACUGCUUGAGCCUAGGAGUUUAAGAUCAGCGUGGGCAACAUGACAAACCCUGACUCUAUCAAAAAAUACAAAAAAAAAAAAAAUUAGCUAGACAUGGUGGCAUGUGCAUAUAGUCCCAGGUACCCAAGAGGCUGAGGAAGGAGGAUCACCUGAGCUGGGGAGGUUGAGGCUGCCGUGAGCUGAGAUUGCACCACUGCACUCCAGCCUGGGUGGCAGAGAGAGACCCCGCCUCAAACAAAAAUAAAUAAAUAAAAAGAAAA